UUCCCCUUGUAAAUGGGGGGUCAGGCUUGGUCGUCGCUCGCUCGUCUUCUUCACUGUUCACAAGUCUUUAUAGCUCAAAACUUUCCAUACAAAUCUAACGAAAAGCGAUAACUUUCGUAAAUUUGAAUACUAAAAUUUCCCAUUCUUUUUCGAGCUCAGAAAAAAAGGUGAAAAGCUUUGAGCUUUGAAAGUCAAUGGUUUCGUUUCUUGGCACUGUGAGGCCAGCCCCAUUUGCCAUGUCCUCUUUCGGACCUUGUAGGCGCCAAAUAUCUCUCUACAACUCUCCUCUUUCCUUUCCUCGAACUGGGUUCUUUCCGUUCAAAAGGAUUCUCCAAGCUUGCCUUCAAUCUAAUUCAGCAAAUAAGGAUCUUGGAGUUCAGCUACCUGCUCAUCAAUCUGAAAUCAUAUUUAUUGGGACGGGAACUAGUGAAGGGAUUCCUCGUGUGAGCUGCCUAACAGAUCCUUUAAAGAAAUGUCCGGUUUGCACCAAAGCUGUGGAACCUGGUAAUAAAAAUAGGAGACUCAACACUAGUAUCCUCAUUCGCUAUCCUGGGCCGUCUGGAAGAUACAACAUUCUGAUAGAUGCUGGCAAGUUUUUCUACCAUAGUGCUCUACGAUGGUUUCCUGCCUAUGGUCUUGAUGAUCUUCGUACUGGACAAAUAAUGUACAGCCUCCCAUUCCAAUUUAUGUUGCAAGCGUGA